UCGUUUUUGUCGGGCGUGCCGAACUGUCGUCUUCUGUCAGUGUAUCGCAUGUUAUCUAACCGUUAAUAUCUCAGUUCGUACAUAUUUUGGAACGCGAAUAAAGAUUAGGCCAACAGCCAAAUGCAAAUAAUAAAUAUAUUAGAACAAGAUUAAAACAUAACAAAAGACAGUUCCACAUUGUGCACCUCCCAGUAAAAAUUGUUAAUUAACAGAUAAUUUGAAAUAGAGAUGGCAACAGUUUGCCUGCCCAAUUAUACAGAACGCUUUCAAUCUAAUAAUGAGAAUGAGUAUAUGAAUAGUAACAUUGCCAGCAGCAGCACCACCACCCACACAUCCCAUGAGCAGUCGCUGGUGACCACCAAGGCCACCGUGACCAGUGCGUUCUUCUUCAGCAGCAGCACCAACUACCAGAGCUGGGUGCAGCAGCUAAUCAGCUUCAGCUUCACCUCCUCGUUCCAUCUGCUCUUCAUCACGUGCAUUUUGAGCAUCAGCAAGUUCUGCAAUGCCGCAGCAGUAAAUGCCGCCCAGGUGACGGCCUCCACGCCCAGUCCCAGCGAGAUAAUGCAAAAUCUAAGUGGUUCGGCGCUCCUGGAGAAGAUUAAGGCCAGCACUUUGGGGAUGCCAUUGGAUCGACUAAAGCACCUGGCCCCAGCGGCAGCCAACAGUCUGAGUCCCAUUGGAGUGACCAAUUUUGGGCACUCUAUCAAUUCGGUGCUUAAUGGAAAUCCAUUCAAGUUUCUGAAUGUUUCCGGCAAGAUUGGAACACCAUUGGAUAUAACUCAAAGCAUACCAAACUACUGCGAGGAGAAGCAAUUCCAAUGCGCCAGUGGCGCCUGUAUACCCAUCAGAUUUGUAUGCGAUGGCGAGUCAGACUGUCCGGACCACAGCGAUGAGCGACUGGAGCGCUGCAAGUUCAGAGAAUCAACUUGCAACGUGGACCAAUUCCGCUGCGGCAAUGGCAAUUGUAUUCCCCAGAAAUGGGUCUGCGAUCAUGAGGCUGACUGUACCGAUGGUACCGAUGAGUUUCUGCCACUUUGCACGCGAAAGACUUGCUCACCGGAGCAGUUUCAGUGCAAAUCUGGCGAGGGUUUGUGUAUACCCCUGUCAUGGAUGUGUGAUCAGAACAAGGAUUGCGACGAUGGCAGCGAUGAGGCGCAGUGCAAUGCCACCUGCCGCUCGGAUGAGUUCACCUGCGCGGGUGGCGACUGCAUUCAGAGCCGCUGGAAAUGCGACGGUGAUCACGACUGCAUGGACGGCUCCGAUGAGCUCAACUGCCCCGCCAAAGGCAAGUGCCCCGAGGAGGCGUUCACCUGCGAUAACGGUGAUUGCAUCAGCAAGCGUUGGGUAUGUGACGGCGACUAUGACUGCAAGGAUCACAGCGACGAAAAGCAAAACUGCAGCAUUGAUCCAGGACUCUUGAUGGGUUUCUGCCAACCGCAUGAGUUCUCGUGCAAGGAUCGCAUCACCUGCCUGCACCGCACCUGGGUGUGCGACGGGGAUAUCGACUGUCCCGGCGGCGAUGACGAAGAUCCAGUGAAGUGCCAGAACGUGACCUGCAGGCCGGAUCAGUUCCAAUGCGGUGAUCACAGCUGCAUCGCCGGACACCUCAACUGCAAUGGGCAGAGAGACUGCGCGGAUGGCAGCGACGAGCGGGACUGCAGCAUGGGCACACCCUCGAGCGAGUGCAAUGUCACCAGCGAAUUCAACUGCGGUGGGGGACAGUGCAUAGCACUGAACAAAGUGUGUGAUAAGCGCAAGGACUGCCCCGAUGGCGAAGAUGAGCCGGCAGGCAAGUGUGGCGUGAAUGAGUGUGCCGCCAAGAAUGGUGGGUGCAUGCACCAGUGUGUGGAUCUGGUGGUGGGCUACAAGUGCGAGUGCCGAAAGGGAUACAAAUUGUCCGGGGAUAAGCGCAGCUGUGUGGACAUCAAUGAAUGUGACAAUCCAGACACUUGCUCCCAGUUGUGCAGCAACGAGAUCGGGGGAUUCAAGUGCGAAUGCGAGGCGGGAUACAUGAGGGAUCCACGCAAUCACACUCGUUGCAAGGCGGGUGAGGGACAUGCCUCACUGCUUCUGGCGAGACGUCACGAUAUACGGAAGAUCGCCCUCGACCACAUGGAAAUGACGUCGAUCGUGAAUAGCACAAAGUCGGCGACGGCACUGGACUUUGUGUUUCGCACGGGAAUGAUCUUCUGGAGCGACGUGACGACGCAGAGCAUCUACAAGGCGCCCAUUGACGAGGGAAACGAGAAGACGGUAGUGCUAAAACAGUCGUCAGUGACAUCGGAUGGACUGGCAGUGGACUGGAUCUACAACCACGUGUACUACACGGACACGCACAAGUGCACCAUCGAGCUGACCAAUUUUGAUGGCAACAUGGCCAAGGUGCUCAUUGAGGAUGCGCUGGACAUACCGCGCUCCAUCGCCCUCGAUCCCAUCGAGGGAUGGAUGUACUGGUCCGACUGGGGCGCCUCCCCGCGCAUCGAGCGCGCCGGCAUGGAUGGCAGCCACCGCACCACCAUAAUCAGUUACGACGUCAAGUGGCCCAACGGCAUCACCCUGGACCUGGUGCGCAAACGCAUCUACUGGGUGGAUGGCAAGCUGAAUGUCAUCUCGUCGGCCAACUACGAUGGCUCCCAGCGGCGCCAGAUUCUCUACUCCACCGAGUACCUGCGGCAUCCCUUCUCCAUCACCACAUUCGAGGAUUACAUCUACUGGAGCGACUGGGACAAGCAGACCGUCUUCAAGGCUAAUAAGUUCACGGGAGAGGGUGUGGAGCCCAUCACAGCGGAACACAUGCUUCAGAAUCCCAUGGUGAUCCAUGUGUAUCAUCCGUACCGACAGCCCGAUGGCAUCAAUCACUGCCAGUCCGUGAAUGGCCACUGCUCCCAUCUCUGCCUGCCCGCACCGAAGAUCAACGAGCGCAGUCCGCGAAUCUCCUGCGCCUGUCCCACGGGUCUCAGGCUGAUGCCGGAUGGUCUCAUGUGCGUCGAAGAUCUGCGUGUGAAAAGUGUGCGUACCACUGGACGCAGUAGGACGAAAAAUGUUUCCGCAGCAACCACAACGAAACAGCCUCAAGAAGUGCACGCGAUAGUGCCGGUUCAAAAGAAGUCAAACGAAAACAGUUCCACACACACAAUUCACAAGAUUGGUGCACCAGCAGAGCAGGAUCAUGGCCGAAUUGCCUGGAUUGUGAUAGGCAGUUUACUGGGCACCACUGUGGUGGCUUAUCUCAUCCUCCUCACAUACAGACGUUGCACCCGUGCUGUCAACUCUAUGAACUUUGAGAAUCCCGUGUAUCACAAGACUCCCGAGGAUCACUUUAGUUUGGAGAAGAAUGUAGCGCCGCACAUGUAUGCCACAGCCAUGGUUGAGGAGUCUAAAAAUCCUUUGCGUGAACGUGGCACCGAAUGUGUUUAGGGCAGCCCCGGCAAAAAUAUCCACUUAAAUGCAUAUCCAAAAAGUUGAAAUACUGGCCGUGUAGACCAAGGAGAGGACCGCAAAGAACAACAUCUCCUCCAAUUAGUAAUUCCGUUAGACCAAGGUCCCACUCAACUCAUCUCAGCGCAACUCAACGAAAACGGAUAAUGAAAGCUUAAUAGGAAAAUGCUACUGGCAAAGCAUCAAUAAGAGGAAACUUUCAGUUAGAAAUAAGAAAAACGAGUAGGAACGUUUGUAAGGCGCGUUGUACGCGUCACAACUUUUAUACCCGGUACUCAGGCAGUAUAUGUGUCUGUACCUUAGUGGUUUUAAAUUUUGUUUACAUCUGUCAUCGACAUCUACAUCCCUCCACAGCCAAAACGCCCUUUUAGCUCGCCAUCGAACAGGGACGCACACUGCAUGAGGCAGAGUGUGCGAGCGAGAAAGAAUGACUACAAUAAACAACCACAAGGUGCCACUGCAAAUUAA